AUGACUUUACCGUUGGAAUAUAUACCAGGUAGAGACAAAAUGAGUCGAAUGGUGCUCAAACACCAGGAUGUUGUCGAUAUUAUUAAGAAGGAAUUACUAGAUGCCCCGAAUGGUACUUACACUCUGGCUGAUAGCGAUUGGAAUAAUUCAAGAUGUGAUGUUCUCUAUAUGUCCAAUCUACCUUUGUCAUUCCCACCAGUGCUGAUCGAAGUUCAAAAUACCAUCAAUGACCUGUUCCUUCAUCGUUUGGUUUCCUAUUCGUUGAACGUUGUCAAAACUUAUCACGCUCUCCCAGUGGUAUUGGUGUUAGGUACCAAAAAAAAUUCUCCGGUCAGCCUGAUUUUGGAUUUCAACAAGGAAUCCGAGAAAAAGCCAUCGUUAUUGACGAUUCCUUCUUUGAUUCGGGCAAAAAAAAUGCUUAAUCAUAUCCAAAGAAACCACCAUGACAGUAAUUAUUACACGAAUCCCUUGAACCCCCUGCUUGGUCUGUCACUCUUCCUGUUGGAGCAACAAACGUCUUUGUAUCGUCAUACUUAUUCUGAAGACCCGACCAUUAUCCUUCUUUAUCAAAUCGCGUUCGCGCAAUUAUACCCUCAGGAAACAUACCAACAAAAAUUUCAGUCGGCUGUGGAAACGAUAUGCUCAACGAACAAACACUUAUUUGGAAGUAUACAUUACAAUGAUGAAGUAAAGGCCAAAAUCGUGGAUGAUUCAGCAUCCUCACAGUCUUCGGAUGAACUGGAUUUCCCUGAACCUUUACCCAUAGGACCACAAUCAAAGCGAACACAUACAAUGGUGAACGAAGACAUUGAAUUUGUUGAAUCAUUCAAAAAAUAA